CGUCUCUCUCUCUCCUCUCUCGUCGCAGACAAAGAAACUUUUGUAAUUUGCAAACUCAAUUCAUUUACCCAUCUCCUUAACUAUAUGGCUACAGAAGAUAAGAAGUGAAGAUUUUCUCCAUUGGAUUUCGGACAAGACCUCCAAGUUUUGUAUUUUCUUUCCUUUUUUACUGAUUUUGAUUUCUGCGAGAAGAAAUGGGAAGCAAAUGGCGAAAAGCAAAGCUAGCUUUAGGUCUAAACUUGUGCCUUUACGUUCCCAAAACGCUCGAAGACCCUUCUUCUCUCUCAAGAAGAUCUGACGACACCGUUUCGCUUUCUCCGGUGAUGGUUCCAAGGCCCACUACGCCGAUUCCUUCCUCCUCUGGUCUCCGAUUGCCUAGGUCCAUCAGCAAAUCCUCAUCAAAGAAAACGUGUGCGAUAUGUUUGACUGCGAUGAAAGCAGGGCAAGGCCACGCCAUCUUCACAGCGGAAUGCUCUCAUUCGUUUCAUUUCCACUGCAUCACCACGAGUGUUAAACACGGGAACCCGAUUUGUCCCGUUUGCCGCGCGAAAUGGAACGAGGUCCCUCUUCAGAGCCAUAACGCCAAGUCUAAAUCCUCUGUCAAACCAAGAGAUGACGCAUGGAUGACAAUACCACCACGCAGGUCGUCUCAGAAUCAAUCUUCUUCACGUCCUGACGGUCUAAGACCGGUCUCCUCCAUCUUUAACACCGAGCCAGCGGUUUUCAAUGACGAUGACCCUCUUGAACAUCAAGACCGUCCUGCUGAAUCCUCCAAAGCUGGUGUCUCUGGUAAACUGGAAGUCAAAACAUACCCUGAGGUCUCGGAAGUAGCGAGAUCGGUUUCGUUUAAGGAUUUCGCUGUGCUGAUCAAUCUAAAAGCUCCUGCUGCUUCGAACUCAUCGUCUUCUUCUUCCCGAGCUCCUGUCGAUCUAGUCACGGUUCUUGAUGUGAGCGGAAGCAUGGCGGGAACAAAACUGGCUUUGCUGAAACGAGCAAUGGGUUUCGUGAUUCAGAAUCUUGGCCCGUUCGAUCGUCUCUCUGUUAUAUCCUUCUCCUCCACGGCACGCCGUAACUUCCCUCUCCGUCUCAUGACCGAGACCGGUAAACAAGAGGCGUUGCAGGCGGUUAAUGCAUUGGUCUCGAACGGUGGGACAAACAUCGCAGAGGGGUUGAAGAAAGGCGCAAAAGUUUUGAUCGACCGUAGAUUCAAGAACUCGGUAUCGAGCAUCGUGCUCUUAUCCGAUGGUCAAGAUACAUACACCAUGACAAGUCCCACCAGUGGUGGUUCAAGAGGAACGGAUUACAAAACCCUUCUUCCUAAAGAGAUCAACGGAAACCGGAUCCCGGUUCACGCGUUCGGGUUUGGUGCUGACCACGACGCUUCUUUAAUGCAUUCCAUUGCGGAAAACUCAGGAGGGACGUUUUCUUUCAUAGAGUCAGAGACUGUUAUACAAGACGCCUUUGCACAGUGCAUUGGAGGUCUUCUUAGCGUCGUGGUUCAAGAGCUUUGCGUUAAGGUCGAGUGUGUGCAUCCGGUUUUGCGGAUUGGUUCGGUUAAAGCUGGAAGUUACCGGUUUGAUAGCGGUCCGGAUUCAAGAACCGGAUGUAUCGGAGUCGGUGAUCUCUACGCAGAGGAAGAGAGGAACUUCUUGGUGAAUCUUGAUAUCCCCAUUGUCGAUGGAGUUUCAGAUCCUAUGUCUGUGCUCAAGGUUCGAUGCAUUUACAAAGAUCCUAUGACGAAAGAGACCGUUGAUUUGAGUACUUCCGGCGAAGUAAAGAUUCUCAGGCCGAUAGCGAUUGGGGAACGAAGACCUGUGGUGUCGAUUGAAGUUGACAGACAGAGAAUCAGGUUACGUGCGGCGGAAGUAAUCUCUGAAGCUAGGGUUUUAGCCGAGCGCGGUGACUUGACAGAAGCUGUGUCUGUUCUUGAGACUUGUCGUGGGAUACUCACGGCGUCUGUGUCGGGCCGAGCCGGAGAUCCGUUGUGUGUGUCACUGUGUGCAGAGCUGAAGGAGACGCAGGAGAGAAUGGCGAGCCGUCAAGUGUACGAGGCUUCGGGUAGGGCUUACGUUCUCGCCGGUCUAAGCUCGCACUCAUGGCAGCGAGCCACGGCGAGAGGCGACAUGAGCGAUACUACGACCAUGAGUUACCAGACGCAGUCAAUGGUGGAUAUGGUGAAUCUUUCUCAGACCAUGAAUUUCGGAAAGCCUUUGGCUAGUGCUAACUCGAGCUCAAAUUCUACUCCGAUUCCCUCGGCUCAGAGGAGACUCCGGCAAGCUCUUACUUUUCCGGCGAGGCCAAGACCGAGGUGAUUGGUGGAAAGGAUUUGACCAUUAAGGAUUUUUCGAUUUUUGUGGUUUUUUUUUCUUAGUACGAUUUGUUUUGCAAUUGGGAAGGUAGUUUACUCUUAAUUUCUCAAUUUUGGGGGGUAUAAGUUGAAUGAGUAGCUUUUGAUGGGGGUUGAAAAAAAAAAGAUAAAGAAAAUGGAAUCGGUGCUUAUAUAGGUAUAUAUAUGUUCGCAUUUUUAGCAAGAGUGGCUUGGUUUUAGUCUCUUUCAUUAUAACUAUAACUUGUUUUUUUUGCCUAUGUAUUUUGGUUGGUAUAGGCGCGUGAAUUGUGUGAUUGAGGAGAGAAUGUUCUCCCAUAAAUAUUUAAAAAAUUAUGUACGUUUGCUAUAGAAAUGUUCCCAG